UCAGCAAAUUUACAGUUUCUGCCAAGGAAAAUAAACAAUUUCCAAUUAAAAAUGAAGAACGGUUUGUGGAUGUGCGUAGUUUUGCUUGGUGUAGUGCACGGAAUUUCAACGGACGGAAUUGAAGAAAUCAACGCAAAUACAUGUUGUAAUGUUGAUAAUACGAAACAAAAAGAAUAUGACGAAAAAUUGGAGCAAUUGAUGAAGGAUUGUAUUGAAGACCUUGGAUUAGCUAACCAACGAAAAGAGAAACAACAUGAAGCAUUCAUUUGUGUUAUCGAGUGUGUUGGGAAAAAGUUGAAUGUUAUUGAUGAUAAAAAGCAGUUAAAUAAAGAUAACUUGCGAAAUUUCGUUCUGAAUGAUAUGCCGUUGGAGGAUCAUCAAAGAUCUAUUGCCGAUUCAACUAUAGAAAAAUGCACUGAAAUGGCUAAAACAACGGCUAACGAUGUAAAUGGUUGCAGCGAUAUAAUUCUGAAAGUCAACGCCUGUCUUGAAUCAGAAUUCUUCAAAUCUUGCCCAGCAGAUAAACAAAUCAAAUCCGAUGAAUGCGCCAAAUUACGUGAAACGGUGAACAAAGCCUAAUUACCAAAUAACAAUUGCAUUCUAACUAUCCGAUUUAUAGCAAUUUGAUUCUAAUUUCGAAACAAAAUUUUAUUUAAAAAGACCGAAUUAACCGAAACUUAGAGUCUCUCCAAAAUUUAAGGAAUUCCAUUAACGCUUGCUUCAAAUUUUACAAUAAAACACCCCAACUUAUUUGCAAGAAAAUAUUUGAGUCAUUUUGAAGAAAAUUCAUCCACUAAAAUUUUGAAAAUAAACUAUUCCAGUGUAAUUGUAAUAAAUAUUCCAUGAGGCUGUUAAAUGAAAUAAAAGAUCAAAGAAACG